UGCGGAAAGAGCGCUUCCGGGUUAAAGGGUGUUGGUGCAUCUUUUUGCUCCAGCAAGAUGGCGACGGGUGACCCGCCAGCCUCGACCUCUAAGUACCGCCCGGCGCCUUUGGCCUCGCUGCCGCCGCAAUUGGACCCGGCUGAAUACCAGGCGUCGCCUGAGAAGCGCCGCGUCGAGGAGGAGCGCGUGGCCCUUCGCUCCCGCCUGAAGCGUCAGUACCUGCUGCAGCUCAACGACCCCCGGCGGACCCAGUUCAUCGAUGAUCCUGCUUUGACUCGUUGGACGUAUGCCAGAUUACAUGUUUACCCUAACUUCCGAGUUACACCUAAAACUUCCUUAUUGGGUGCUGUUGUUGCAAUAGGCCCCAUUGCUUUCUGGUGGUAUAUCCUCAAAAGGGACAGGGAUAACAGAGAGAAACUCAUACAGGAAGGCAAGCUUGAGCGGCCGUUCCAUCUCUGCUCUUGAGUCCCUGACAACUCCGUGCUGUGAUGCUGCUGAAGGUCCACUGCUGCAACUUUCUCUGUUAGUUCUUGCCCUCUUACAUAAUAAAUCUUAUCAAUUCAGAAA